GCGUCACGGGGAAGUUCCUUAAAGGGGAAGUGAGCGGGGCUACGAGGCGGACGUGGGGUGCGGUGGUCGGCGGGGAAGGUCCCCAGCGUUUUAAAAUAAUGCCCGCGGCGCCCGCGCGACCAUGCAAUGGCGAGCGCUCGUCCUGGGGCUGGUGCUCCUCCGGCUUGGCCUCCAUGGAGUGCUGUGGCUUGUCUUCGGGCUGGGGCCCAGCAUGGGCUUCUACCAGCGCUUCCCGCUCAGCUUCGGCUUCCACCGCCUGAGGGGCUCCGACGGCCCCGCGUCUCUUGCCUCGGGGCCCGCGGGCAGGCCGGGGACGCCUGGGGGGCCGUCGUGGCUGCAGCCGCCGGUUCCCGCGGCGGCGGCGGCGGCAGCGUCUGCGGGGCGGCGGCGGGCUCCGCGGCGGCCAGGGCCGGGUGUGUGUGGCCCGGCCCACUGGGGCUACGUGCUGGGCGGCCGGGACCGCGGCCGGGACGAGUACGAGAAGCGCUACAGUGGUGCCUUCCCGCCUCAGCUGCGCGCACAGAUGCGCGACCUGGCGCGAGGCAUGUUCGUCUUCGGCUACGACAAUUACAUGGCGCACGCCUUUCCCCAGGACGAGCUCAACCCCAUCCACUGCCGCGGCCGAGGGCCGGACCGCGGGGACCCUUCAAAUUUGAACAUCAAUGAUGUCCUUGGGAAUUAUUCAUUGACUCUUGUUGAUGCAUUGGAUACACUUGCAAUAAUGGGAAAUUCAUCCGAGUUCCAGAAAGCAGUCAAGUUAGUGAUCAACACAGUUUCAUUUGACAAAGAUUCCACCGUCCAAGUCUUUGAAGCCACAAUAAGGGUCCUGGGAAGCCUUCUCUCUGCCCACAGAAUAAUAACUGACUCCAAGCAGCCCUUUGGUGACAUGACGAUUAAGGAUUAUGACAAUGAGCUGUUGCAUAUGGCCCAUGACCUGGCCGUGAGGCUCCUCCCUGCCUUUGAAAACACCAAGACAGGCAUCCCCUACCCUCGGGUGAAUCUAAAGACUGGUGUUCCUCCUGACAGCAAUAAUGAGACAUGCACGGCCGGUGCUGGUUCCCUCCUGGUGGAGUUUGGCAUUCUGAGCCGACUGCUGGGGGAUUCCACGUUCGAGUGGGUGGCCAGGCGAGCAGUGAAAGCUCUUUGGAACCUGCGGAGCAAUGACACAGGAUUGUUAGGCAAUGUUGUCAACAUUCAGACGGGCCAUUGGGUUGGAAAGCAGAGUGGCUUGGGUGCCGGACUGGACUCCUUCUAUGAAUACCUCUUGAAAUCUUACAUUCUCUUUGGAGAAAAAGAAGAUCUAGAAAUGUUUAAUGCUGCAUAUCAGAGUAUUCAGAACUACUUAAGAAGAGGUCGGGAAGCCUGUAAUGAAGGAGAAGGGGACCCGCCACUCUACGUCAAUGUGAACAUGUUCAGUGGGCAGCUGAUGAACACAUGGAUUGACUCUCUGCAGGCCUUCUUCCCCGGACUGCAGGUUCUGAUAGGCGAUGUGGAAGAUGCCAUCUGCCUGCAUGCCUUUUACUAUGCCAUAUGGAAGCGCUACGGGGCCCUCCCCGAGAGGUACAACUGGCAGCUGCAGGCCCCUGACGUGCUUUUCUACCCGCUGAGACCAGAGCUGGUGGAGUCUACUUAUCUCCUAUACCAGGCAACCAAGAAUCCCUUCUACCUCCACGUAGGAAUGGAUAUUCUGCAGAGUCUGGAAAAGUACACAAAAGCCAAGUGUGGGUAUGCUACAUUGCAUCACGUCAUCGACAAAUCCAAGGAGGACCGGAUGGAGAGCUUCUUUCUCAGUGAGACCUGCAAAUAUUUGUAUCUGCUCUUUGAUGAGGAGAAUCCAGUACACAAAUCUGGAACCAGAUACAUGUUUACAACUGAGGGACAUAUUGUAUCUGUGGAUGAACAUCUUCGGGAAUCACCCUGGAAGGAGUUCUUUUCUGAAGAGGGAGGGCAGGACCAAGUGGAAAAGUCUGUGCACAGGCCUAAAUCUCACGAACUGAAAGUCAUCAACUCCAGCUCCAAUUGCAAUCGUGUUCCUGAUGAAAGGAGAUACUCCUUGCCCUUAAAGAGCAUCUACAUGCGGCAGAUUGACCAGAUGGUUGGCUUGAUUUGACCUGCUCUCCCCCGUGUGGCCUCAUUGGAAACUGGACCUAAAACAGCUGAACAUAGGCUGAGACCCAGUCUGAAGUGGAGGAGGAUGGGAGCCUGGCCGUCCACGAUGCUGUAGGAAUUCUCUCCAGCUCCUCCCCUCAGCACGUAGAUUCUUGCAUUCUUUAGUGUUUCUCUUCUGUUCAAUAAAACACCCUGUUUGUCUUAAGGAUUUACUCUGAGGUGAGAAGGUAUGAGGAAAUCAGCUCCUUCGGACAGGCUGCUGUUCCUCAGCAACUUGGACGGGCGUCUGGCUGGACCUUUAGAGUUCCCGACUUUGGAAUCACCAAGCCUGGCUACCUCUCUGCCCGAGGAUUGUCCAUGGAUUGAUUUCUGUGCAAGAGGGCCUGAGGUUCACUUGACAUCCCUACUUACUGCAUUUGUCAUCCUCUCUCUUUCAUUGGAAAGGUGGGGUUUCUCCCAGCUCCCCACCCGGGAUCGUCGGUCACCUGGGAAAAGUCAUCCAGUUAUGCCUUUGUGCCCCAAGUGAUCAUCACAGUGUUACAAAUUAUUUGCUAAUGAAAAACAGUUUCAUCCGAAUUCUAACAGGCAGUCUUUAAAAAAAAAAGGCAAAAGCUUUAUACGACCUGAAGAGAAACCAGAGUAUAACAGGCAGUCUGUUAAGUUGUCACAUCACCAUUUAAGAGCUUAACAAGUAGAUCUUUUGGACGAUGUUUUACAUUUACUGUGAAUUUACCCGAGGAGCUCCCACAGUUUCAGAAACAGGUGCCUUUUAGGGAGAGAAAAAUACCCAUGAUCAUCUGAGCUUCCAUCUGUCUUAUAUUUACUAACUAAGGAUUCUUAAUUCUGACCAUGUUUGGGUUAGAAUUAUUUUGUUUUUGUUUACUGUGUCUAGUGCCAAUUAGCUAAGUCAGGGAGAAAGAAAUGAUCAGAUGACUUUCUGGCAUCCUUGAGCCACUUUUCUGUGUAAUACAGGCUUUAGAUUAGUGCCUUAUACUAUUUUGGUUUGGGCCACUGGAUGUCACAGCUGCUGCUAGGAUUUUGACAGGCUGGUUCUAUAUUGCUUUGUGGUGGACCACAGUGAAAGGGGAAUGGGAUGGAUAUCAAUAAGGAAGAUUCUGGAAAUGCCUUGGCCAUUCCUUGCCUUUCAAUCUGAUAUUUUAAGCAAGCAUAUAUAAGGAGAAACUUGUGCUAAAACGCCUCCUUCAUUUUUUGUUCUAUUUCCUAAGCCAAAACGGAACUAUGUCUCUCUAAACUUGUGCUGAGUGCUCAUAGAAAGCUGAGGUAGGUUUGAACUCCGAGCUUGGCUUCCCUGUAAUGUCAGAGGUUGAAAUGAAUCUCAGCAGAAAGGGGAGGAUGUCUCUUAAAAACCUCCAACUUCACUCGUCAUGUUGUGUACCCGUCACUGCUGGCAUACUUCAAAAGAUUUUAUUUUGGUCUUUUUAAAGCUAGAAGGAAGUACUGUGUAAGCCAUUGCAUUUUCAAUCAAAAGGGAGAAAUUUUAUUGUUCUUGAAAAUUUAAGUGUUAGUGGAUUUUAAAUAGUUAUGUAAUUCAGUUCUUUGAGAUUUUUAGAAAAGGGAUUUUCAGUAAUGUGUCACCUCUGCCUUUUAAAUAUUUGGUGUGCCAAUUGUUUUAAAGUAAAAAAAAUCAAAUGCUUCUAUUUUAUUUUUUAUUUCAGAAGCAUUCUGUUUAUCAACAUUGUCUUGUCUACUGAAUAGAAAAUUUUCUUUGAGAAUAUUAUAUAUAUUUUAAAUGUUUUCAUUGACUCAGUAAAACCAAAGUGUCCCAUUUUAAAUACACACACAUGCACAAAUGUCCCUGUACCUUUUCUCCAGGUAAACUGAGGAGGGACUGUUUGGGAGAAUGGGGCACCUCAGGGAAGAAAGUGGGCCCUUCGUGUAUCUGUUUCCUUUGUUGCAGCACCCACCCCUGGUUUUCCCUGGUUUCCUGCUCCAGCUUCUGUGCUCACACUGUUAGGUUAUCACAUCCCAACCUUCCCCCCUCCUGUGGGCUCAGGCAUCCCACCGCUCUUGCUCUGGAACAGGGACCUGGGCUCUUGUUCUGCCGAGACACCUCAGGGGCUACCAGCUGACAUGAUGUAUGUUUUGUAUUACGUCUCAGACCCUCUUGACUCAGGCACUGGACUUGUACCAGUUGUGAGUCUGGGGGUGAGUGACUCACUCUGAUCCUGGUUGUUGAGCUUCUAGACUCCCUUGCCUAGGUGAACGGUGCUACUCGAUACCAGAACGCUGUCCCAUGCUAGUUACAGAGAAGGUUCUUUGAGCCAUGUUCAAAACUUAAUUUCUUUUUGAAGGUCAGAAUGACAACACCUGGACAGAUCCUGCCAGGUGUUUGCUGUUCCUUGUGCUCUGUGUCCUGAGGUAUCUGGGAGGGGAGGGCCGAGGAGAGGAGAUUUGCCCUAGGAACACCCUGAUCCUGAUCCGACAUCAUCCUUUGGAACUGCUGUGAGCCUGCACCAUCCUUGUAUUCCCACACAGAGCUAGUAUCUAGACUGAUUCGGUUGACACAGUGAAAAUGGUUUUGCAAAAUCUUUGUGGAAAGCUGCCUUAUGGUAAGGCUUGGGUGGAGCUGAAAACUCCCACCCCAGAUUUCCCAAGCAUUACAGGGCAGCCUUUGCUGGCUGAGAUGGUGUGACCGAGGAAUUCUGUUUCCUGGAGGAGGAGGUGACAAAGGAAGUGUUUGCUGACUUGCUCGUUGUGCUGGCCUUCAUGAAAAAACAGCUUCCAUUUUCUCAUCUUUUCCUUCAGAACUUUCAAAUCUUCUGCCAGAACUCGCUCUGUGCUGGAACCACCAGGUUCUUGAGGUGGUCGUGAAUCAUGGGACAUGCACACGCCACUUCUGUAGUUGGCUCUUUACUUAGGCACCAGGAUGGUGUCUACAGCUCCCUAGACAGAUAAGUUUAGUUGUAUAUUCUAACGGUCUGAGUUUGGGUCCUCCCUCUUUCCCUCCACCUACAGGUCCCCCACCAAAGAAAAAUAACCCUCUUAGCUAUUUUCUUAGCUCAGUUUACUAAAUGAUUGCAAACUGUAAUCCUUUGCUCUGGGUUUUGUAGACUCAACAUCAAACAUUCUUUUUUGCCAGAGGUCUUUCUCUUGUGUGGAUUUCCAAUUUAGUGCUUGUUAACAGAUCAGGCUGGAUGUUUGCCCUAGCCCCAGGGUGGCUGAGCAGGGACGUUUAAGAAAGUUCUUUGCUUUUCCAUUCCCAGGUAUCCAGCCUGUCCCCUGCAGGGCAGGGACUCUUAGGAAAGUGAGAAGGUGGGGUGGCUUGGCUGUGUGUCCCCUGGUUUUGCAGGGCUCAGGGUUAUUGAACUGGGAUGUGAAUCUGGUGAAAGUGUUAAGUACCUGUGGACCUUCCUGAUUCGUUAUCUCCUUCCCUCUUUCUGAGAGGCAGAGAAAUAAUAUUUUUAAAGGUAUGUUGUUUUAGUUUUAAAAAGCAAAACACAAGCUGCAUUUUUAUUUAUUAUGCACAAAAAAGGUAAAUCUGUUUUUACAAAAAAUCUAGAGUUGGAAACUCUGGGGAAAAUUCUAUUGAAAUAUACAAAUGCUUCUCUCUGUAAUGUGCAAUAUGCUUUGCAACUAUAGAUGAUAUUUUAUGUUUAAUCUGUAAAUAAGAAAUGUAUUUAAAUUAAAAGGGAGGUUUUUGUAAAAGGAUCAAAUGUUCUUUUAUAAAUGUACUAAGGAAUAUCUUGCUCUUUGAAAUUUAUUAGCAUUUUUAUGAGUAAUUUUUAUUAAAAGAUUCUUUUGAGUUGUCAUUUUGUUUCCCCUUUAUAUACUCACAUGUACACAUUACACACAGGACAAACAAGGGAACAAAGUCUUUAAAACUGUAAACCAGAUGAAUAAAAAUUUUAUUUUGUUGGA